CUAAAAUACACGCGCCCAAGAAAAGAAAAUUUUGGAAAGGACUAUAAAGAAAGAACGGAGAACAAAGUUUUUCUUUGUGGUUUGACACCAAAACAAACAAUUCUUUUCAUUUUUUUUCCCUUCCCCAUUUCUUUCCCCACCAUGACUGACAGGGUUUACCCUUCAUCCAAACAAGCCACCAAUGGCACUUCCCCCACCACCGCCGCCAAUCCUGGCUUUCCCGCCACUAAAGCUCAACUUUACGGAGCCUCCCGCUCUCUCUACCGUCCACAACCCAACAGCCACCGCGACCGCCGCUCUGGCUGUUGCUCUUGUUGUCUUUGGACCACUGUAGCUUUCCUCCUGCUUAUCCUUCUAUUCGCCAUAGCUGGUUCUAUCUUAUACGUCAUUUACCGCCCUCACCGCCCUACUUUCAUGGUUUCCUCCCUUAAAGUCUCAACUCUUAAGAUAACCUCAGCUUCCAAGCUCGUCGCCAACAUCAACCUCAACGUCACAGCCAAAAACCCUAACAAAAAAGUCGUCUACAUUUACGAUCCCUUCACCAUAUCUAUUUUCACAAACGACGACAUCGAUAUUGGCGAUGGUUCAUUCGAUUCCUUCGUGCAAGGCACUAGAAACUCGACCCUUCUAAAAGCUGCCAUAACUAGCAGCAACCAAGAACUUGAUAACACGUCAGCCGGAAAGUUAAAGACUACUUUAAAGAGCAACAACGGGCUGCCAUUAAAGAUAAAGCUCGACAGUAAACUGAAGCUAAAGAUGGGAGCAUUGAAGACACCAAAGUUUGGCAUUAGGGGUAUUUGUGAAGGGAUUAAAGCUACUGUUCCCAAGGGGAAAUCAGCAACCACAGCUUCACCUUCUAAUACCAAGUGUAAGGUUGAUUUGAGGCUUAAGAUCUGGAAAUGGACUUUUUAAUCACGAGAAUUGAGAAGAGAAAGAAUGGGGAAGAAAAAGGUUCGAUGUUUAGUUUAUUUUAAUUUUUGUCUUUACUUAAAAAAAGUGUUUUUAUUUUAUUUUAUUUUAUUUUUUGGGUUUUAAUAUGUUGUGUAAAUUUGGUGAUUGAUUGUAAUAAUAGGAUAUAGAAAAUUGUAAUGUAUACUUCUUUUCAAUUUUUUUUUUUAAUUUUCGUUUUUGUUGUUUGCUUGGAAUUUCUAAGAUUAAUGUAGAAUAUAUUGUAUUCAGUUCUUUACAUUUUCCCCAAUUGUUAUUUUUGUAAGGGAAAUUUAAAUUUAAGCUUUAUUUUAAAGAGAAAAAUAU